AAUGGAGAGUUUGUCAUCUAAAUAUUUGAUGUGGGUUUUUAUAUUACUCUUGGUUCAAAUAUGUGGAUGCAAAGGUUGCAUCGAAGAAGAGAAGAUGGGUUUGCUUGAAUUCAAGGCUUUUCUUAAAUUGAAUGAUGAGCAUGCAGAUUUUCUUCUCCCUUCAUGGAUAGAUAACAACACUAGUGAAUGUUGUAAUUGGGAGCGGGUUAUUUGCAAUCCCACCACAGGUCGAGUUAAGAAGCUUUUCUUCAAUGAUAUAACGCGACAACAAAAUUUCUUGGAAGACGAUUGGUACUAUUAUGAAAAUGUCAAAUUCUGGUUACUAAAUGUCUCCCUAUUCCUUCCUUUUGAAGAACUUCACCAUCUAAACUUGUCAGCAAACUCAUUUGAUGGGUUUAUUGAGAAUGAAGGAUUUAAAGGGUUAUCAAGUUUAAAGAAAUUGGAGAUCUUGGACAUAAGUGGUAAUGAGUUUGACAAAAGUGCCUUAAAAUCUUUGGGCACAAUAACAUCACUCAAGACAUUGGCUAUUUGCAGCAUGGGACUGAAUGGAUCUUUUUCCAUUCGAGAAUUAGCUAGUUUGAGAAAUUUGGAAGUGUUGGAUCUAAGCUAUAAUCAUUUGGAAAGCUUUCAACUAUUGCAAGAUUCGAAGAGCUUGUCCAUAUUCAAAAAGCUCGAGACCUUGAACCUCAAUCACAACGAGUUCAAAAACACUAGCCUACAACAAUUGAAUAUAUUUACAUCCCUUAAAAAUCUUUCUCUAAGAUGGAACUAUGUUAGAGGAUUUUUUCCGAUCCAAGAAUUAUGCACUCUAGAAAACUUGGUGAUGUUGGACCUAAGUGGGAAUUUCUUUAUUGGCAUGCAAGGUUUUAAAAGUUUGCCUAAGCUGAAAAAGCUGAAAAUCUUAAAUCUUGAUUUGAAUGGGUUCAACAAGACCAUUAUAAAACAGUUGAGUGGACUCACAUCCCUUAAAACACUAGUUGUAAGCAACAACGAUAUUGAGGGACUUUUUCCUUCCCAAGAAUUAUCUAUUUUUGGAAACUUGAUGACACUGGAUUUAAGCUGGAAUAGAUUCAAUGGCUCCCUAUCAAUCCAAGAUUUUGCAAGCUUAAGCAAUUUGGAGGUAUUGGAUUUGAGUGGUAAUUCAUUUAGUGGGAUCGUUCCAUCGUCUAUAAGAUUGUUGUCUUCUCUCAAGUCUUUAUCUCUGGCUGGAAAUCACCUCAACGGUUCCUUACCAAAUCAAGUUUUUGCAAGCUUAAGCAAUUUGGAGAUACUAGAUUUGAGUUCUAAUUCCUUAAGUGAGAUUAUUCCAUCAUCUAUAAGAUUGAUGUCUCAUCUCAAGUCUUUAUCCCUGGCCGGAAAUCACCUCAAUGGUUCUUUACAAAAUCAAGGUUUCUGCCAAUUGAAUAAGCUUCAAGAGUUAGAUCUUUCUUACAACUUAUUCCAAGGGAUCCUUCCUCCAUGUUUGAAUAAUUUGACAUCUCUGAGGUUAUUGGAUCUCUCUGCCAACCUAUUCUCCGGAAAUCUUUCUUCCCCUUUAUUACCUAAUCUCACAUCCCUAGAGUACAUCGAUCUCAAUCACAAUCAGUUUGAGGGUUCAUUCUCUUUCAGCUCUUUUGCUAAUCACUCCAAGCUUCAAGUGGUCAUACUUGGAAGUGAUAACAACAAAUUUGAGGUAGAAACUGAAUAUCCAGUUGGUUGGGUUCCCCUGUUUCAGUUGAAGGCUCUCUUUCUAUCCAACUGUAAGCUCACCGGUGACCUUCCUGGUUUUCUUCAAUACCAAUUCAGGUUAGUGGGGGUUGAUCUCUCACAUAAUAACUUGACAGGAAGUUUUCCCAAUUGGCUGCUUGAAAACAAUACGAGACUAAAAUCUCUAGUUCUGAGGAAUAACUCUUUAAUGGGUCAAUUACUUCCCUUGGGACGUAAUACCCGUAUUAAGUCAUUGGAUAUCUCACACAAUCAGUUGGAUGGACAACUUCAAGAAAAUGUGGCCCAUAUGAUUCCAAAUAUGGAAUAUCUAAAUUUAUCCAACAAUGGUUUUGAGGGUAUUCUCCCAUCCUCAAUAGCUGAACUAAGAGCCUUAUGGAUUUUGGAUUUGUCUACCAAUAAUUUCUCUGGAGAAGUACCAAAGCAAUUGCUUGCAGCAAAAGAUUUGAGGUUUUUGAAAUUAUCAAAUAAUAAAUUUCAUGGUGAAAUAUUUUCAAGGGACUUUAACUUGACUUGGUUGGAGUAUUUGUAUUUGGGCAAUAAUCAGUUCACGGGAACUCUGUCAAAUGUAAUCUGCAGAAGCUCUGGGUUGAGCGUGUUGGAUGUGAGCAACAACUACAUGUCAGGUGAAAUUCCAAGUUGGAUAGGUAACAUGACAUUAUUGGGAACAUUGGUCAUGGGCAACAAUAAUUUUAAAGGCAAAUUGCCACCUGAGAUUUCUCAAUUGCAACAGAUGGUGUUUCUUGACGUUUCUCAAAAUGCUCUUUCAGGAUCUCUUCCUUCUUUGAAGAGCAUGGAGUAUUUAGAGCAUCUACAUUUGCAAGGGAACAUGUUUACAGGAUUAAUACCCAGAGAUUUUCUCAAUUCCUCAAAUCUAUUGACUUUGGAUAUUAGAGAAAACGGGUUAUUUGGAAGUAUUCCCAAUUCAAUCUCUACACUUUUGAAGCUAAGGAUUCUUUUGCUGGGAGGAAACCUUUUAAGUGGUUUUAUUCCAAAUGAUCUUUGUCAUUUGACUGAAAUAAGGCCAAUUCCCAGAUGCUUUGUCCAUAUCCGAUUUGGGGAGAUGAAAAAGGAGGACAACGUGUUUGGAAAUUUCAUUGAAAAUGCGUAUGGAUUGAAUUCUCAUAUUGUAUAUGCAGGUUACUUGGUGAAAUAUUGGUGGUUCACAAGUCCAGUAUAUAAUGAAAAAGAUGAAGUUGAGUUUGUCACCAAGAACAGGCGUGACUCCUACAAAGGUGGCAUCCUUGAAUUCAUGUCUGGAUUGGACUUAUCAUGUAACAACUUGACAAGUGAAAUACCUCAUGAGCUUGGAAUGCUAAGUUGGAUUCGUGCAUUGAACUUGUCUCACAAUCAAUUGAAUGGCUCCAUUCCAAAGAGUUUCUCCAAUCUUUCUCAAAUAGAGAGCUUAGACCUUUCUUAUAAUAAAUUGGGUGGAGAAAUUCCUCUAGAGCUAGUUGAACUCAAUUUUUUAGAGGUGUUUAGUGUGGCUUACAACAACUUCUCUGGUAAAGUUCCAGAUACCAAAGCACAAUUUGGGACAUUUGAUGAAAGGAGCUAUGAAGGUAAUCCUUUCCUUUGUGGGGAACUAUUAAAGAGGAAAUGCAACACAAGUAUUGAGUCACCAUGCGCACCAUCACAGUCUUUGGAAAGUGAGGCAAAAUGGUAUGAUAUCAAUCAUGUUGUUUUCUUUGCAAGUUUUACUACUUCAUAUAUCAUGAUCUUGUUAGGAUUUGUUACCAUCCUUUACAUCAAUCCUUAUUGGCGUCAUAGAUGGUUCAAUUUUAUCGAGGAAUGUAUAUAUUCCUGCUAUUAUUUUGUUUUUGAUAGUCUUUCCAAGUUAUCGGCAUAUUUGUAUAAUUAGAUACUUUUAAUUGGAUGAUAUUUGCAUAAUUAACUACUAUUUGUUUCCAUGGGAUAGAAAGAAAUGGGAUGUAUAAUGCUAUGAGCUGAAACUUACAUACUUUGCUCAA